GACUACACAUCCCAAGAUGCACUUCUCCGCUGGUAACCGAAACAAGUGUCAAACACUGAGCUGGGCAGGAAGCUGCAACAUGACCGGGAGUUAGGAGGCUCCACUAAAGUGCUGGGACAACAAACUCCUCCGUUUUCACGUUCCAAACACCCAGAGAUGGACAGUCACACAAGGACCCGGCCGUGGGGGAAGUUGGUCAAAGUGGGUUGCAGUGAAGCUGAAGUGCUGCUUUUCAACAAGGAAUGCACCGUUGGCCGGAAAAAAGGGUGUGAUCUGGCGUUUCCUGCUAACAAACUGGUCUCAGGGGAGCACUGCAAGAUCGUGCAGGAUGAAAACUCUGGUCAAGUGUUGCUUGAAGAUAUGAGCACCAAUGGCACAGUGAUCAACAUGGCUAAACUGGUCAAAAAACAAACUCACUUGCUUCAAAACGGCGACGUGAUCUACUUUGUAUACAGGAAAAAUGAGCCUGAACAAAAUAUUGCCUAUGUUUACCACUCAAUCCAAACAGAGCAGGAGAUUUCACAUGACAGCCUGGACAUGUCAGCUCACAGUCCUGUUCCUGUCACGUCCUCCGAGAUGAUGCUUUCUGUGGAGCCUGUCAUGCUCGCAAAGGCUCCUCUGGAUCUCACUCAGGAAGAACCUCAGCCAUCCACCUCAACUUCACAUAUCUGUAUUCAACAACCUUUCACACCAAACUCAGGCCAAAUCAGAGAUGAGGCCCUAACACGAGAGGAAGCGCUCGACGAUGUGGAGCCGGAAUGCAAGAGAAGGAAAACUGACAAAGAUGCUGUAUCACAUUCCUCAAGCACAGAGGUUGUUGAGGAUGCAAAGAGAGACAAGAUGGAGGAAUCUCUCACUUGUAUUAUUUGCCAGGACCUCCUGCAUGACUGUGUCAGCUUGCAACCCUGCAUGCACACAUUCUGUGCUGCCUGCUACUCGGGGUGGAUGGAAUGCUCUUCUCUUUGUCCUACGUGCCGCUGCCCCGUGGAUAGGAUCCGUAAGAACCACAUCCUUAACAACCUGGUGGAGGCUUACCUCAUCCAGCACCCUGAGAAGUGUCGCAGUGACGAGGACCUGAAGAGCAUGGACAGCCGCAACAAGAUCACUCAGGACAUGUUGCAACCAAAAGUUGAGCGCUGUUUUUCUGAUGAGGAGGGCAGUUCAGAUUACCUUUUUGAGCUCUCGGACAAUGACAGCGACAACUCGGACAUUAGUCAGCCUCUGAUGAUGUGCAGACAGUGUCCUGGCUACAGGAAAGAACUCGGUCAGAUGCUGUUUGCGACUGGCUCAAACUACUGGGUUCCGGUUCUGCCAGCACCAUCAUCCAUGCCUCCUCUUCCACCUCCAAUCAAACUAAACACCAAUGAAGGUUCUGCCAAGCCAAAAGGGGAAGAGCCCUCAACAUCUUCGGACACCCUAUCAGAUUCUCAGGAGUACCGCUGCCCACCUCAAGGCUGCCAUCUUAUUUGCACCUGCUGUUUGCAGCCGAUGCCGGACAGACGGGGCGAGCUGGUCGGUCAGCAGCAAUGCAUGCAGUGCCAGCGUUCUUUCUGUCACAUUUAUUGGGGAUGUCCCAGGAUUGGCUGUCAAGGCUGCCUGGCUCGAUUCAGUGAGCUUAACCUGACUGACAAAUGUCUGGACGGUGUGCUGAACAACAACAACUAUGAAUCUGAGAUCCUCAAGAACUACUUGUCUUCCAGAGGGAAGACCUGGGUGGAUCUUCUCAAGGAGGCUGUUCAUGACAUAGAACAGGGGAAGUAUUGCCUUUCAGAUCGCCGUAUCUCCGCCAAUUCCAUCAUGUGUGUGUGUUGUGGCCUGAUGGUCUUCAAGGAGCUGGCCUACAAGUACAGACAGAAUAUCCCUGCGUCUGAUCUCCCAGCUGCAGUUUUGUCUCGUCCCGACUGCUACUGGGGGCGCAACUGUCGUACACAGGUGAAGGCCCACCAUGCAACGAAAUUCAACCACAUAUGUGAGCAGACCCGUUUCAAGAGCUGAGCCAACAAAGGCGGCUGCUGGCCGAGCAACACAAUGGAGAACCAAGCUCACCAGCUUGUGGUGACUAAUAGUCCCCUGUUAUUAUGAUGAUUAUGUACACUCACACGAAACCAAUCAUUAUCAAUUCAUAGUGAACUCUUCCACAGCAUUGGGCUGAAUCAAGUAGUGCUAGUGUGCACUUUAUAGCUCAUUCUAGCCAACUUUUGAUAUAUAUUUUUGUAAACUUUACUGUUUUGAUCGAGGCAGACUGUGUUAUGAAUAGUUUGGGAUGUAACUUAUGGCGAUAAUUUAGGGAUUCCUUCAUGCAUAUUUUAGUUGUAUGCACAUUUUUAGCUUGUUAAAGAAUAGUUAAUAAAUAUUGAUACUCGUUAGAUGCGUUUUGGGCAACAUACAAACUUACUAUAAAUGUUUUGUGGAGGCAUGAGUGAGAUGAAGGUGUGCCUCUGUUGUACUUUUUACUCUGCAUAAUUAUCCACAUUUAAUGCUUUAGAGCAGGGGUGUCCAAACUUUUUCCACUGAGGGCCACACACUGCAAAAAUUAAAGCAAGCGGGGGCUAUUUUGAUUGUUUUUUGAUUUUAAAAACCAAUACAAUAUAUGUAUAAAAAUAUACAUUUAGGCCUCCACUCAGUCCCCAUGCGAUUUUUGUCCCCAAAAAAUAUAAAAAAUGUGUAAUUAUUCAGUAUUAUUAUUUGUACUAUUUUUUAAGUUUUAAAUCUCUAGAGCAGGGGUAGGGAACCUGUGGCUCUAGAGCCAGAUGUGGCUCUAGAGCCAGAUGUGGCUCUUUUGAUGACUGCAUCUGGCUCUUAGAUAAAUCUUAGCUGACAUUGCUUAACACGAUAAGUAAUUAAUAAUUCCGCUGGUAAUCACAGUGUUAAAAAUAACGUUCAAAUUAUAAAACAGUCUCAUGCAUUUUAAUCCAACCAUCCGUUUUCUAUCGCACCUGUUCAAGAUGUCGCAUUAAUGGUAAGAAGUACAGUAUUAUAUUUAUUAUUGGGUAAUUUUAGAAUAACAAUGUUAUUAAAAAAAAUUAUAGACUCAUUAUACUGUAAAAAUGUUGGUCUUACUUUAAAAAAAAACACACAUUUAGUUGUAUUCAGUGUUAAAAAAACAUUAUAUGGCUCUCACAGAAAUACAUUUUAAAAAUAUUUGGCUUUCAUGGCUCUGUAAGCCAAAAAGGUUCCCGACCCCUGCUCUAGAUCAACAUUACGUCAUUCUGUCAAUAUAACAUUUUUGAAGAUUUAAGUUGUUUGCUCUUUUUGUCAAAGAAACCCCUGUUUUUUAUAGAAAAAAAACACAAAAUAUGCAAUAUUUUCACCCAAUAAAAUUUUUUGUGGGAUAUUUGAAAUUAUAUAAUAAUUGGAGCCUUAAAAAGGUCAAUAACUCAUAACACCAUUGAUUUUAAUUCAUUAUUAUUUUUUGAGCAAUGACACUUAACAAAUCACACCAAAAUUAUUGGGGAUCCAAAAGUGUUGAAAAAUAAAUUAUAUAUUUUUUUUACUGUUUACUUUUAACAUAAUAAUCUCGAGAUCAUCUUCAGAUCUCUCCGUUAAUUAUAAGUUGUAUUGUUGUUUAUGUUUGUUGUUUGUUCAGUUUUGGCCCUUUUUUAAAAAAAAAAAAACAGCUCCAUUUUUUUAUAUGGCAAACACAAAAAAUGCAUAAUUUUCCCCCAAAAUAUCUCAAAGUGUGACGUAAUUGGAACCUUGAAUAGGUCAAUAAUUCAUAAUGACAUUGAUUUUGAUUCAUUAUUAUGUUUUAAAGAAAGAAACAGCCUGCAUGGCAGCUUUGUGUUAUCAGAGUAAACAUUGCAACAUUUUCUUGUUACAUUUCACCCGUUUGCUCUUUUAUACCACUUUUUAUGUUUUAAAUUUUUUUCAAUGGUAUUUUUAAAAUGUGCCGUGGGGCCGUUAAAAAACUACCUGCGGGCCGCAAAUGGCCCCCGGCCCGCACUUUGGACACCCCUGCUUUAGAGCAAAGGCAAAAUUAGUGCGAUGAAAUAAUGAUAUUAAUCACAUCCAUUUCCUUUGCUGAACACUUCAACAAGUGCGAUCAAUAAGAAUGGUGGCUACCCUAAAUGGAGCAGUAGUGUUUCCCACAGGACUGCAAUCUGUUGCCAUAAAAGUUGAGUGACGUCAAAUUAGCAAAUUAGCACUGUCGCUAAAUACGACUUCCGCUUGUCAAAGGCUGGGCUGCACACUUCCACGCCUCACCUUUUCACAGUUGAGGCUUGUGGAGGCGACUUGUAAGCACUAUGCAAGAAACACUUCCUUUCUUUCCAUUGUAAUGUGUGGGAAUUCCCUACCAAAAUGGAAAAUGCACUAGCGAAAAACUAUGAAUAUGACUACUUUUACAUUGCACCCCAAAUAUCUAGAUUGGUCUCAAAGUUUAUUUAUAUAGCCCUUAAUCACAAGUGUCUCAAAGGGCUGCACAAGCUACGACGACUGCUCAGAUUCCACAUCAGGGCAAGAAAAAACUCAACCUAAUGGAAAACCUUGUCUCAAUCCUUGCUAAACAUAACAUUAAAAUAGGCAGGCUAGGUGCGUAUGAGUUGUGUUAAGAGGCAGCGUUAACUACUCCCUAAACCUGGCGCACGCGCUGUUCUGCUUAGAAAAGUGCAUUUUAAAUAUCAACUUAUAGAUAUGUGUGAAAGUUUACCGCAAAAGUAUUCCUGAACUCUUGGAGUUCUGACAUUGGCGAGUCCGUCAGUUCCCAUUUUAUUAGAGUUACUCCCGUGGCACACAAUUUAAAGAUGUUUGUACCAGGAUCGAAUCUUGGUUGAAGCACAGUUGGGAAGAUACCAAAAUAGUUAUUUUCCAUUAAAAAAUACUCCUGAACUAAUAUUUUGUCCAUGAAUCUGUUUUAGUACAAAAAAAUGUUUCAAAUGUUACUGACGACACGUCUCGUCUCGUGGUGGUCAAGCCAGCUCUGUUUUCAAUGAGUACUCGGCGCCAGUUAGCCUUUCUCCAAGAAAAAAAUAUAUGCUCUACGCUUGUGUUGUUUUUGGCUGUACAAACCGUUCAAAUCACGGAAGGGAUAAAUGUUUCUUCAGAGUUUCUCAAGAGGUACAAUAUUUUUCGGAGUGUAAGUCGCUCCGGAGUAUACGUCGCAGCAGCCGAAAUAGCAUAAUAAAGAAGGAAAAUAACUAGGGCUGGGCAACGAUUAUAAAUUUUAAUGGAAGUUAAUCGCACUAUUUCUCAGAUUAAUCGCGAUUAACUGCAUUGUAUUCGCAAAGCCCAAUAAUGAAUUCAAAAGUAGUGUGUAGUGCACCUUUAUUGGAAUAUUCUCCCACAUGAACAAAAGCACCAAAACAUUUGUUGUGCAAACACAAUUUAAAUCAGUCCUUGUUAAACAGUAGCAGUUAAAUAGCAUAUUUGAUGAAAAUCAACUCCAAAAAUGUAAAUACAAACAUUUAAGCUUAUUGCCACUGCCAGGGUAUUUAAGUUAUCUUGUUUGUUAUGGAAAAUAAAUAUAAUCUACAUACAAAUCUCUGAGCCACAAUCAUAACAUCUGAACAGGCAAUUUCUGAGGUAACAGCAGAAACAUUUUUUUUUAUCAGGGAUCUUAUGUUUAAAAAACCUAUAUUAUAGGUAGUGGGCUGUUUUGGGGAAUUUUUGAUCAAAUUAUCCGUAGUAGCAAUAUUAAUAAUGUUGUGUUUAUUCUGCGUAGUGCACUUAAAAUAAUUACGACCAUAUCUAGGAAUUGAUAUGAUGGGAAUUUUCCGAUUGUUUGCUUGGUGCUUUGAUAAACUGAAGGCAUCAUAUACAUGGUACUAUAUUGUGAUGUUAUGAGCCAGGGAAAAAAAGAACUACCCUACCCAGCAUGCAACAGGAGUGACGAGCAUGCGCGGUAGCCCGGUAUAGGUUGUGUCGCCAUGACGGCAUCUUGUAUGUUGUGAUAUGCACGCUCUGAAAGUAAACGUUAAGAACUCAGCCAACACUCCUGGUCUGCAUUAUUCAUAAAUAGACAGACAACACAUAUACUCCGCUGCUUCACAGGCCGCUGGAUGUAGCCGGCAAAGUAUUCCCAUGCUAGCUAGCCGGUCUAGCAAGCACGCGUCAUUCAGUCCAAAACGGCCCGAUCUAUCCACAUCCAGAAUUGUCUGGCGGUCGUAAGUGAUCCCGGAGUGACCACGCUGUAAGCCAGCCAUGACAUUUGCAGAAUUGUCCGGUAUUUUUGCCAAAUGUUCCAUCUUUACCAAGAGCCCCUCCACGCCGAAGCCCGUCCGGGCGACGCCGUCUUGUUAAGAAAAGGCGUUAACAAAAUAAAAGCAUGUAAACAACAUACGCAAAUGUGCGAUAAAAUAAUAUUCGGCGUUAAUAGAUUGAUGAGUUAACGCGUAAUUAACGCAUUCAUUUGCCCACCCCUAAAAAUAACAUAUACGUCGUCGCACUAGAGUAUAAAUCGCAUUUUUGGGGGAAAUUUAUUUGAUAAAAUCCAACACCAAGAAGAGACAUUUGAAAGGCAAUUUAAAAAAAAAUAAAGAAUAGUGAACAACAGGCUGAAUAAGUGUAGGUUAUAUGAGGCAUGGCUUCACGGUGGGAGAGGGGUUAGUGCGUCUGCCUCACAAUACGAAGUUCCUGCAACCCUGGGUUCAAAUCCAGGCUCGGGAUCUUUCUGUGUGGAGUUUGCAUGUUCUCCCCGUGAAUGCGUGGGUUCCCUCCGGGUACUCCAGCUCCCUCCCACCUCCAAAGACAUGCACCUGGGGAUAGGUUGAUUGGCAACACUAAAUUGGCCCUAGUGUGUGAAUGUUGUCUAUCUGUGUUGGCCCUGUGAUGAGGUGGCGACUUGUCCAGGGUGUACCCUGCCUUCCGCCCGAUUGUAGCUGAGAUAGGCGCCAGCGCCCCCCGCGACCCGAAAGGGAAUAAGCGGUAGAAAAUGGAUGGAUGGAUAUAUGAGGCAUAAAUAACCAACUGCUAUGUUAACCUAACAUAUUAUGGUAAUUCCUGACCUGUGUGUGACGAUUCCUGACAUUUUCUUCGUCUCUUCCGCGAAUGAGAUAAAUAAUAUUAUUUGAUAUUUUACGGUAAUGUGUUAAUAAUUUCACACAUAAGUCUCUCCGGAGUAUAUGUCGCACCCCCGGCCAAACUAUGAAAAAAACUGCCACUUAUAAUCCAAAAAAUACGGUAAUCAAAAAGGGCAGAAGAGUGCAAGAUUUUAUGAAACGACGAGAAAAGCAUGCAGCUCACACUCUAGUCCAGGACUGGGCAAUUAUUUUGCCUUUUGAGAAAAGAAUGUGUCUUUUAGGAACACUAAUACACAAUAAUGUCUGAAUGCUAAAAGCGUUAUGACAGACCACCUUAAAAAAAGGAAUGGAGUUUUACAUUUUUUUACUGAAUGAGACACCCAGAAUGUACAUAGCGGCAUAGCUCGGUUGGUAGAGCGGCCGUGCCAGCAACUUGAGGGUUGCAGGUUCGAUUCCCGCUUCCGCCAUCCUGGUCACUGCCGUUGUGUCCUUGAGCAAGACACUUUACCCACCUGCUCCCAGUGCCACCCACACUGGUUUAAAUGUCACUUAGAUAUUGGGUUUCACUAUGUAAAAGCGCUUUGAGUCUCUUGAGAAAAGCGCUAUAUAAAUAUAAUUCACUUCACUUCAUGAAAAUAAAGAAGGUGGAAUUUACAAUUUUAACUAUGACGGAUUAAACACUGAAUAUUGACAUGUGAGCGUCACAACCUCUCUCGAUUGACAUAUUUUACAAUCACGCGAAUGGCAACAAACAAAGCGAAAUAUGAACAAACCCCAGCUAGUAUCUGAUAUAUCACUAAGCUUUAGAACUUUGGUGCAAAAAUCUCCUUACGCGUCUGUGCCUGACACAGCUGCUGUGACUUAGAUGACCAUAGUCACUAAUUAGUUGAUUAUAGUAACUACUUAGAUGACCAUAGUCACUAAUUAGUUGAUUAUAGUAACUACUUAGAUGACCAUAGUAACUAAUUAGAUUACCAUAGUAAGUAAUUAAAUUACCAUAGGAACUAGUAAAUCUUGCAAAAGCGAAGAUUCCAACCAUUGAAAUACUUUGUGUAAUUUAAGACUUAGGGUGAUUAGAAAACAUCACUGCACGUCAUAAUUGCAGCGACAGUUUCCAUCUUAAAGAUCUAAAUCAAUUAUUUGGGAAUGAAAAGCUUAACGAGCCCAGGUCUGCUCUCGUCCAAGUGAGCAAAGUCGAAGAAUGCACGAGUUUGCAGUGAUCACUCCGUUAAAGGUUUGAUAGAUAUACUUUUAAUGUUUAUUCUUUCCCAUAUAAGUAUUAUCUCGAUGUUAUUUUAUAUUUCUUAAACACAUAUUUGGUACGAGCGUUUUGAAAAGCACCAGUUCUGCAAGUCUCAAUAAAAGAAAGCAAAUGUUAGCAAAAACCUUAAAGAGUUAAGCUUUUACCAAAGGCAGCAAUCAUAAAUGAAGCUUUCAGCACAUACACACUGUUGACACCUGUAGAUAUAUUUUGAUAAGACGGGGAAAAUCACACUACUCAAAAACAGCAACAAACAUGGCUAUAGAUCAGGGGUCGGCAACUGUUACCACUCAAAGAGCCGAUUUGACCCGUUUCACAAAAUAAAGAAAACUAUGGGAGCCACAAGACUUUUUUGAAAUUUAAAACGAAAUAACACAGCUUACAAAGUUUUUUUUGUGCUUUUUGCCAUGUAUUAACCAGGGGUCUCAGACACACGACCUGCACCUUAAUAUGAAAAUGGAAUAUUAGUGCGGCUCGCGAGUUUUAUUUGAAUGCCGCUUGAUGACAACCAUCUCAAUUUUUCCGGGAGACUACCGAGUUUCAGAGCAUCCAUUCUCUCGACUGUCUGCUGGUUUUCACCCAAACAACAAUAAUAAGGGCGUGCUAUGAUGACAAUGAGUUUAGCGCCCUCUACAACCGUAACAAACAGCUUACCAGCCCAUUAACAUGUUGUAUGAGGCUUCUGCAGACACACAUAAGCGACUGCAAGGCAUACUUGCUCAACAGCCAAACAGGUUACACUGAGGGUUGUGAUAUAAACAACUUUAGCACUCUUACUAAUAUGCGCCACACUGUGAAACCACACCAAACAAGAAUGACAAAAAUAACACAACAUAAACACAACAGAACAAAUACCCAGAAUCCCAUGUAUCCCUAACUCUUCCGGGCUACAUUAUACACCCCCACGAGCACCAAACCCCGCCCACGUCAACCGACGCACAGAGGGGGUGGGGGUGUAUAAUGUAGCCCGGAAGAGUUAGGGAUGCUGUUGAACAAUUAUGUCUUGCGGUCGCUUGCGUCGAGUCAGACGUUUUAAGGCAUUGCCAUCACGGCACGCCCUCAAUAUUGUUGUCCAGGUGAAAAUCUGACAAUGUUAUCCUGGGGAGAUUUCUGGGAGAGGCACUGAAAUCCGGAAAAAUGGGGGGGGGGUCAGCAAGUAUGCAGCUGAGCCACAUCAGAGUGAUUCAAGAGCCUCAUGCGGCUCCGGAGCCGAGGGUUGCCGACCCGUGCUGUAGACGCAAAGUAAAAUCACAAAAUGCAACCUUACCCGAGCAAAAACAAUCCGGGAGAAUCUUGAUACCAAUUUCCUCGACCCGGCCACACACAAAGAAGUUGUAGACCUCCAUGCUUUUCCCAGUUUCCAUCUGUUUGGUCCUGUCGAAUGGGGUCUGGAGCACAAUCGUUUGGUAUGCCUGAAAACGCGAUCGAAUCCUUGAUAUCACUCGACAAAUCUUAUUUUGAUAAAGUAUAGGGAUCUAUUUUUAUAUUGCAUAGUUGUUAUAUUGCCUCUUUGUACUCAGAUAGUUCGUGCGCUAGGCUUGGUUGACCACCACUUUGGCAAGAAGUCGGAACACAAGCACUAAGAAUUGUUUCACAUUAAUGAAAAAAAUCCGGUUACGAUACAAACUAGUCUAUUUGUAGCAGGCCUAAUGUAUUUGUGACUGUAUAGAAAAUAAAAUAAAACUAGACGAGUGGGAAACACUGCUAUACUUGGUAGUUAACUUUGCCACUUUGCUAACCAUGCAAGAUGUGAUUAUUUAGCAAAUAUGUCUUUUCACUUCCCUUUAGGGGGGCAGCCGAUAGGUUGUUAGUUUAGGUCUGCAUUUGGCUCUCGGAUAAAUCUGAGCUGACACUGCUUAACACGAUAAGUAAUGAAUAAUUCCACUUGUAAUCACAGUGUUAAAAAUAACGUUAAAAAUACAAAAAUGUUCAUGCGUUUGAAUCCAUCCAUCCUUUUUUCUACCGCUCCUGUGCAGGAAGUUACUUUAAGGGUAAGAAAUAAUUGAUUUAUUAUUGGUUAGUGUAGGGCUAGUCCUCUUGGGGGUUCUUCAACAAGGCCCAGGUGGGCAAUUUACACACCUGUCGCUGAUUUCGAGGCCGGUCCUGGCAACACCCCGCUUCGCUGCAGACCCGCAGGCCACGCCCCCUCCACAGUUAGCUUCAGAAUAACAACGUUAUUACAAAGAAUAAGAGACUUAUUAUACUCUAGAAAUGUUGGUCUUACUUAAAAAUGUACACUUUUAGUUGUGUUCAGUGUUAAAAAUAUAUUAUAUGGCUCUUACGUAAAUACAUUUUAAAAUAUUUGGCUUCUUGGCUCUCUCAGCCAAAAAGGUUCCCAACCCCUGGUUUAGGUGUUCUCUGGUUUCUCAGGUAAACAAUGCUACUGUAAAAGUGUCGUAUUAAAAAAAGAUAAAUGGCACUUGUUUGUGCACACUUUUCGAUAUAAUUUCUUUCUUUAAAAAACAGUAGCCCAAGCCCUUAUUUGUUGUUUUUAAGUUGUAGAUGAUAGAUAGAUACAAGAGGCCUUAUACGAUAAAAAAAGAAAGUCCGUGUUUGUUUUGUUCUUUGUGGUCACUUUAAUUGGUGUGUAGAACUGCUGGUGGAUAAGAAGGAACUGUUAAACAGUCUUAGUGAAUCCUGCAAGGACUACUUGAAAUGUUUGUCACAUUUGUCUUCAUUCAGGUUGUUUCCAAAAGUUGAGUAUGUAGUGUUCUGCAAUGCAGGUAGUCAUAUUUUUUUUAUUUAUUCUUUUGUAGUUUUUUUUAGUUUUAGUGGCAAUAGUCAACAGUGCUGGUCCAGCUUGUUUUGAAUGAGCAUUUUCUUUCCUCUGCCCAGGGGUUUAAAUGACUUUAGGUGUUAAAGUUUUUUUUUUUUACCCCCUUAGUCAUGGUGUAAGGACCAUUCUAGCAUUCCAUAGCAGCUCAGACCCCCUACACAAGUCCAGUCGAUCCCCCGACAGAAGGACUGAGUUUUAAUUAUUACCCACUGGAGAUCUAGGCACUCUAAGCCAACAACAGUACCAAGCCGCUCCAAUCAGGAAUUGGUAUUAAAGAGGCUUUGGAGUAGUACUUUGCAUUUGCCAGGAGACAGGAUGUUGUAUACGAACGCAAACAUUUACUCACUUUGUGUGUAAAAGUCUGAACAACACCGGGUGGAAGCAGAGUUCAUUCUACCUCGUGAGCGCCUCCUAGGAAGUUGGCUUCAGAGGUGCCUUCAUGGCUUCCGUGACGUAACUUUAUGCAAGCACUUGGUUUAUGCCGUGCCAUCAGGUCCAGUUAGCUGCAUGUAGACUAGCAGGCACACAAAAUAAAUGUGCUGUAUUAACACAAGUAAGAUGGUCUUUGCCAUGCAUGUGGAUCCGGUUUGCUUUUUGGAAAUUACAUUAAAAACUGGAACUAUC